CCACAACGCAGGAACCCAAUCGCUCACACAACCAUUUUAUCGUGCUUCAGGCACGUACCAAAAAGCACUGCACAUUUCAGCGCAUUUUUCUCUCCCACUCCCCUCUCUCUCUCUCUCAUCCUCAUCCUCAUCCUCAUCCUCAAUGGCCACAAUCUACAAUAUCCCCUUGUACGGAACCAACGUAACCGUCACCGAAACCGCCACCGCCUCCGUCGUCAAAAAAUGGAUCAAGUCCAUGCUCUUCUUCCACCGCCACCACUACAACAACGGCACCCUCAUCGUCGGCCUCGGCGUCCAGUGGACUCCAAUCGGCCAAAACCCUCCGGCGGACACCUUGCAGCUCUGCAUCGGAAGCCGCAUCCUCAUCUUCCAUCUCACUCACGCCGAGACCGCGCCUCUCGCGCUUUACCAGUUCCUCGAAAACCCUAGCAUCUCCUUCGUCGGAUUCUGGAACCACUCCGAUCGGUCAAAGCUUGCUACCUCCUGGGCGAAUUUGGAGAUGUGCAGGGAUCCUUAUGAUCUCAGAUUCUACGCGGCUAUGGAGUACGAUGAUCCGGAGUUGAAAACUGCCUCCGUGCCGUGGAUCGUGAAGAAGUGCCUCGGAUUUGAUGUUCAACAGAGGCCAGAUGUUAGCAUGAGUGAUUGGAAUCGAGAGUAUCUUACCGCUGAUCAGCUUCUCUAUGCCUGCACCGAUGCUUACUGUGCUUUUCUGAUCGGAAAAGAUCUCGAGGUUUGGGAAUUUGAUGAUUAGCACUUAACAGGUAAAAUCGAUUCAACUCUGCUAUCAAUGAAAAAUGCUUUGUUUAGAUUUCAGAACCUUUCAUAGCUCAUAGUUUUGACUAGCUGGCGUGUAGUAGUAGUAGUAGUACUGCGUUUGAACUGUGCCUAGCUACUAGUAUGUUUCACCGGUGGAGUAAUAUUGACGGUGACGGAUAUGUUGAUCUUGCUUUGUUUGUUUCUAAAUUUGCUCUGGUUUUUCAUGAAUGGUGAUAGAUUUACAUUUUCA